UGUCAUCAACAUCGUUCAGAUUUGUUUACUUUUUCUGCGUUUUUACGACCAGAUUCAACGGAAUCCGAGAAUAUGCUACCGUUUUUCCCAUCGCUCAGGCCGGCCGUGGCCAACAACUUGUGGUUCGUUGCGGACGAGUGCUGCGAUGAAGACGCGGAAGUGAGUGCAAUGGAGUCGGAACACCAGGAGUGGCUGAAUCGUAUCUCACAGAUUGGAGCCGAUCUAGUGCCGAUCGGCAAGAAUGUUAACGAGCACACGGAUAAUAUGGAUUCGGAAGAUGAAGAUGAUGAUGCAAUCAGCGCAAAUUGGAGUCUGGGCUCGAAAAUUAAUCAAGCAAACGAACCCAAAUUUGGCAUGUGGACGUUUUAGGGUACAAUAAGUGUUGGCAGAUAAACACACCUCCCCCUCUCUAAGAGGGAGGCUGCCAUACAAAUGAAACACAAAUUUCAGCAUAACUCGAGAAUAUAACAAUAAAUAAAUUUUGGGCGGGACGAAGUUUGCCGGGUUAGCUAGUACACAAUAUAUAUCAACUACGCACGACUAUGACAAAUAGCUCAAAAGUAGAAUUAGACAGAAAUGUUUGAAAUACAAUGAAACACGAGGUAGUUCAGUCAAUCCAUUAAAUUUCUUAGAUAAAGAAAAUAAUAUUCGUGCACUAAUUAAACCCUCUUUCGCAAUUUCGAGUAGAUCAAAUUUACAAAAUUUUGGGUUGCUCUCGUUCACCGUAUAGGUGCACAACUAGUCAAUUUAUUCACGAGACGCCACUGUUUUUUGAAAUUCGAGAAGACCAUUUUCAUUGGCACCCUAAUUUACACUACAGUAGAACCCCUAAUAUCCGCGGAAUAGUCUGGCUAGGUUACCGCGAAUAACGAAAAUCGCGGAUAAUGCGAUAUACUACUAAAAAUGAGGUGUAAACACAUAAUAAAGAUAUUUCAGCAUGAAAA